CCUUCAGUCUCACUCCCUCCCCCUCUCUCCCUAGUCUCUGUGUCUGUGCCUAUAGCCUCUCUCCCCCUUUCUGUGACAUACAGUAGAUGGUGCAUCGAUUGCACACAGACGCUUGCUUUCCCUCUCGCUGGCUCAGUCCUGUGCGGGGAGGAAGAGGACGGAUUGAGACGUAUCUCUCUGCUUCUCAAGGUACCUUUCCUCAUGCUGAGCUGCUGUGAGGAGCCUGGCCGCAUUCUCUCUCUCAUCUCGGAAGAUUCUGCUAUAGAGAUGUCUGGUGAGAACAUCCUGUCUUCUCCAGAGAUCUGAAACGGGCAUUAUGUCUCAGCUCUUGCACAUGGAGAUCCCAAACCUCGGCAGCACUGUUCUGGACAGCCUGAACGAACAGCGGCUGCUGGGCCAGCACUGCGAUGUGGCCAUCAUGGUCAACGGACAGGCCUUCAAGGCCCACCGCGCCGUUUUGGCGGCUAGCAGCCUUUACUUCCGCGACCUGUUCAGCGGAAGUGCCCAGACGCUCUUUGAGCUGCCCUCGUCCGUGGCCCCAUCCUGCUUCCAGCAGAUCCUGUCUUUCUGCUACACGGGCAGGAUGACGGUGAGUGCCAGCGAUCAGCUGAUGGUCAUGUACACCGCAGGCUACCUUCAGAUCCAGAACAUCGUAGAGCGAGGAAUGGACCUCAUGUUCAAGGCCAGUGCUCCAUACUGCGACUCGCAGACAUCUGCCACAGACGAUCCCCCGAGUCCAAACAACAACAACUCCUCCCUGUUGCUAGGCGACCAGCCCACAACUGUCUGCAAGAUCAAGGAAGAGAAGCUGGAGACCCCGGUGUGUGCUCAGAACGGGGAGCUAAAGCACUCCGAGGAGGACAGGGGACCUAGGGGCAGAUCUUCAAGGAAUGGCACUCUUUUCUACACGAGUGGUGGCGCAAACGGGGUCAUACCCGUGAUGCAUGCUUAUGAGCACUCGUCCCGAGAUCACGCCAGUCCCGGUGCCUCUAGCCUCCCGACCACAGACAGCCCAACUUCACACCAAAAUGAGGAGGAAGACUUUGAAGACGACUCGUAUGAGAGCCUGACAAAUGGGAAGAUCUUCGGCGGCUCGUCCGGGAUAUAUAGCAGUAAAUGUCUUUUACCAGACUUUUCUUUUGCCCCAUUGCAACCCAAAACACUACGGAUUUAUCUCUGUGAGUGUGAUCUGUUGUGUGUCUUCCCAGUUCAAGAGAAGAUGGAGGUGUCCUCCCUUCCUCUGUCCUUGGAGAACCGUUUCUGUGUGCUGUUAGGAGGAGACAGAGAGGCUCUGCCUGCCGGACUCAUCAGCCAGAUCGGCUACCGCUGCCACCCUGCUCUCUACACGGAGGGCGACCCUGGAGAGAGGCUGGAGCUGAUUGCAGGAUCUGGUGUCUUCAUGACUCGUGGGCAGCUUAUGAACUGUCACCUCUGUGCUGGGGUCAAACAUAAAGUCUUGCUGAGACGUCUUCUGGCUGCUUUUUUUGACAGGAACACAUUGGCUGACAGCUGUGGGACUGGAAUACGUUCUUCCAACUGUGAUCCAAAUCGCAAACCACUGGACAGUCGCAUACUCAAUACAGUCAAACUCUACUGUCAGAACUUUGCCCCUAACUUCAAAGAAAGUGAGAUGAAUGUCAUUGCCGCAGACAUGUGCACCAAUGCCCGGAGAGUUCGCAAGCGCUGGCUCCCCAAGAUCAAGUCCAUGCUUCCGGAGGCGAUAGAGGUGUACAGGGGUACUGCGGUCCUGAGCCAGGUGGAAGGAGCUACCCAGCCAGGCGGUGGCUUUCCCUUUGAGUCAGAGUUCAAACACCUGGCAGCGUCAAAUCUGACUCUUGAGCAGCAUCUCUAUGGAGACUGUAGAGAGACACUGAGGAAUGGCUCUCACUUCAAUAUGGAAGAGAGGUCCCAAAAAAGUGAAGAAGCCAAGACUGAGCCAAGCCGAGUUAAAGAGCCAGACAACCCGCAGGAAGUUGAAAGGCUACCGGAGAGUCCCGAGAGAGCGGCCAGCGUGCUCGCCCUCAACCCUGCCAGCAAGAAAGGGGAAAAAGAGCGUGCAACCAGCAGCCCCAGAUCACAGAGAGAGGAACAGAGCAGACAGAGACCACUAAAAGACGAUCAGUGAUGUCCCCCACUUCAUACUAUUAAAAACUGGUCUGCAGCUUCUCACACCAAAAAGGAUCAUUAUCAGUAAAGGCAACCUCCCAUGCCACUGAACAUUACAUUAAAGCUGCAUGAUCAUGGGGACUGGACAUACAACAUUUUUUUCCAGGACAGACUGAAAAACGUCUGCAUUAAAUACAGUUGUGAAUACAAGUUUAUCUACCUCUUGAAGAAUCUACAAAAUGUUUGUUUCUUUUAAAAUAGAGGGAUCAUAACAAUUGCAUUUUAGUUUAUUACUCAGCUUAAGAAGCUCUUUGAAAGAUAUUUACAUUUAUUCCACAAGACAAAAUGAUUAAAUUUACACACCUGACCCUUUUCAAAGGUUUAUAUACCCUUGGAUUUUAAUAUUGUAUAUUGCCUCCUCAAGCAUCAAUGAUUGUUUGUAGGUCUUUUGCGAUAGUUGUGCAUAAGUUUCUAUUUUGUCCUGAGCAGUUAAGCUGUUCUUGAAAAAGCCUCCAGGUCCAGUAAGUUAUUUGGUUUCCCAGCAUGCUCUGCACAUUUGAGUUCUUCCCUACAGUGGCUAUAUAAUGCUGAUAUCCAGCUUUUCUGCUCUGGACAA